AUGACAAUGCCUCCAUACCUAGAGCGCAGUAAACGAAUUUACAACAGUUUAACAAGUUCGCAUCAGUCAAGAAGCCGCAGUUUGCCGCCAAAAGAACGAACUGUCUUUUUUCAACCGAUCUUCAAAGAUGGAAAUUUAUACUACCAGCCGUUCGGGAUACUGCCACACGAAUUCCAACCGGAAACGAUCGUUUAUGAUGGACAAAUUUAUAAGGCAGCACCAGCAGCACAAGCCGAAAUUCUGAAUCAGAAUGAGGAAGUGAAAAUAAUAACUGAUCCAGCCCAAGCGUAUGCGAAAGAGAUGGCUUCGGCAACGCCGACCACAUCGGAUGAGCUGCGCAAUCGUCGUACCUAUACGGAAUAUUUGAAGACAGCAGAAGAUGCACAGAUUCGCGCAGCUCAGCUUCAGCAGGCAACUUUAACCUGCUUCUUAUUCACACAGACUUUGCUGCUUCAAUAA